UGGCAUUCCCGGGCAGACGGGCGGGCCGGACGGGCGGGCGGGGACUCGGCGCGGGCGCCCUCGGGCCGGCGGCUGCAGCCCCUCCCCGCAGCCCUCAGGACCCCCGGGACCCCCGGCGCUGGCGGCAGUGACCAGGCUGGCUUCUCAGCCCUCGCGCUUCCUCGCGCUUCUGCCCUGGCCAUCCCCUGUGUGGGGAGCAGCCUGCCCGUGGCCGUGCUCUCUGGAUCAGCUGAGAGUCUUCACUCUGACGUAAGGCUUCCUUUUAUACCAGGCCCGCCUAGUCUGCCUGAACCAUGGGCGAGGCCCGAAGGGACAGCAGCAGCAGCUUGCAGCACAAGAAGCCGCCGUGGCUGAAGCUGGACAUCCCGGCCGUGGUGCCCCCGGCAGCAGAGGAGCCCAGCUUCCUGCAGCCCUUGAGACGCCAGGCAUUCCUGCGGAGCGUGAGCAUGCCGGCCGAGCCCGCCCGCGUCCCUUCGCCCCACCAGGAGCCCCGGCGGCUGGCGCUACAGCGCCAGAUGUCCAUCACACAGACUAUCCGCAGCCGCCGGGUGUGCUCUGGGCACGUCCACACUCUGCCUCCGUUGGCCCCCCCGCUGCCUGCAGGGCCCUCCCGCAGUGCCCGUCUCUCUCGGUCCCUGCUCAGGGGCACGGCCGACUGGUUUGGAGUGAGCAAGGACAGUGACAGCACCCAGAAGUGGCAGCGCAAGAGCAUCCGCCACUGCAGCCAACGCUACGGGAAGCUGAAGCCCCAGGUCAUCCGCGAGCUAGACCUGCCUAGCCAGGACAAUGUGUCGCUGACCAGCACCGAGACGCCGCCUCCUCUGUAUGUGGGGCCGUGCCAGCUGGGCAUGCAGAAGAUCGUAGACCCCCUGGCCCGGGGCCGGGCCUUCCGCUUGGCGGAUGAUGCCGCCGACGGCCCGAGCGCCCCGCACACGCCCGUCACGCCGGGUGCCGCCUCCCUCUGCUCCUUCUCCAGCUCCCGCUCCGGUUUCAACCGGCUCCCGCGGCGGCGCAAGCGCGAGUCGGUGGCCAAGAUGAGCUUCCGGGCAGCCGCUGCGCUGGUGAAGGGUCGCUCGGUUAGGGAUGGCACGUUACGCCGCGCCCAGCGCCGAAGCUUCACUCCUGCCAGCUUCCUGGAGGAGGACACCGCUGACUUCCCUGACGAGCUGGACACGUCCUUCUUUGCCCGGGAAGGUGUCCUCCACGAGGAGCUGUCCACUUACCCAGACGAGGUGUUCGAGUCCCCAUCGGAGGCAGCGCUUAAAGACUGGGAGAGAGCCCCAGAGCAGGUGGACCUCACGGGCGGCGCCCUGGACCGCAGCGAGCUGGAGCGCAGCCACCUGAUGCUACCCCUGGAACGUGGCUGGCGCAAGCAGAAGGAGGGCGGCGCAGCGGCCCCGCAGCCCAAAGUGCGGCUGCGGCAGGAGGUGGUGAGCACGGCGGGGCAGCGGCGGGGCCAGCGCAUCGCGAUGCCGGUGCGCAAGUUGUUUGCCAGGGAGAAGCGGCCGUACGGGCUGGGCAUGGUGGGCCGGCUAACCAACCGCACUUACCGCAAGCGAAUCGACAGCUAUGUCAAACGCCAGAUUGAGGACAUGGACGACCACAGGCCCUUCUUCACCUACUGGCUCACCUUCGUGCACUCGCUCGUCACCAUUCUAGCCGUGUGCAUCUAUGGCGUGGCGCCCGUGGGAUUCUCACAGCACGAGACCGUAGACUCGGUACUGCGCAACCGUGGGGUCUACGAGAAUGUCAAGUACGUGCAGCAGGAGAACUUCUGGAUCGGGCCCAGCUCGGAGGCCCUCAUUCACCUGGGUGCCAAGUUCUCGCCGUGCAUGCGCCAGGACCCGCAGGUGCAUAGUUUCAUCCAUGCUGCGCGCGAGCGCGAGAAGCACUCGGCCUGCUGCGUGCGUAACGACCGGUCAGGCUGCGUGCAGACCUCGGAGGAGGAGUGCUCGUCCACGCUGGCAGUGUGGGUGAAGUGGCCUCUGCAUCCCAGUGCCCCAGACCUUGCUGGCCAAAAGAGGCGGUACGGCUCUGUCUGCCACCAGGAUCCCAGGGUGUGUGAUGAGCCUUCUUCUGAGGACCCCCAUGAGUGGCCAGAUGACAUCACCAAGUGGCCGAUCUGCACCAAAAGCAGUGCUGGGAACCACACCAACCACCCUCACAUGGACUGCGUCAUCACGGGCCGGCCUUGCUGCAUCGGCACCAAGGGCAGGUGUGAGAUCACCUCCCGGGAGUACUGUGACUUCAUGAGGGGCUACUUCCACGAGGAGGCCACACUCUGCUCCCAGGUGCACUGCAUGGACGACGUGUGCGGGCUGCUGCCCUUCCUCAACCCCGAGGUGCCUGACCAGUUCUACCGCCUGUGGCUGUCCCUCUUCUUGCACGCUGGGGUCCUGCACUGCCUGGUGUCCGUCUGCUUCCAGAUGACAGUCCUGCGAGACCUGGAGAAGCUGGCGGGCUGGCAUCGCAUAGCCAUCAUCUACCUGCUCAGCGGCGUCACUGGCAACCUGGCUAGUGCCAUCUUCCUGCCAUACCGGGCAGAGGUGGGCCCAGCUGGCUCGCAGUUCGGCAUCCUGGCCUGCCUCUUCGUGGAGCUCUUCCAGAGCUGGCAGAUCCUGGCGCGGCCCUGGCGCGCCUUCUUCAAGUUGCUGGCCGUGGUGCUCUUCCUCUUCACCUUCGGCUUGCUGCCCUGGAUCGACAACUUCGCCCACAUCUCAGGCUUCAUCAGCGGCCUCUUCCUCUCCUUUGUCUUCCUGCCCUACGUCAGCUUCGGCAAGUUCGACCUGUACCGCAAGCGCUGCCAGAUCAUCGUCUUUCAGCUGGUCUUCCUGGGCCUGCUGGCUGGCCUGGUGGUCCUCUUCUAUUUCUACCCUGUCCGCUGCGAGUGGUGUGAAUUCCUCACCUGCAUCCCCUUCACUGACAAGUUCUGUGAGAAGUACGAGCUGGAUGCUCAGCUCCACUGAGCUGGCGGGCGCUGGGGCUGUGUGCCCGCGGCCGGAGCCAGGCCUGCAGCUCGGGACUCUGCCCAGGAGCCCUGCUUCCCACACACUUUGCUGUGUUCACUGCUGUUGAACCCCUCGUGCUUCCGGGCAUUUAUCACACUAGUUGCCGAGAUUGCCUUCUAACUAGCCUUCUGACGACCACCUCACGUGGCCAAUAAACAGACCGGGAGCGUUUUAGCUGCCACUAACUCAACCAGAGCUGCCGCCUCCUUUCUGGUUUCCGGCUGGGUGCUGUGGAAGGACAUCCUUCAGGCCCCAGGCCUCCCACCCACAAGUUCCCAGAACAGGGCAUUCAUGUCAGGUCCACCUCCCUGGAGGUCCUUGGCCAGGUGCGCACACUGUCCCCCUUGUGCAGAGUGACUGGCAGGUGACAAACGGACAAGGACCCA